AUGCCGUCGACACAAGCGACGGCCAACGCCGCCGCCGCCGCCGAGGAUACCGCCGAAGGAACCGCGUCGGCGAUGGUGCACUCCUCCGGUCGAAGACGCGGUCGCGAGGACGAGGACGAAUCGCCUCGCGGGAGCGAUCGCCGACGCCGCGUCGAGACGACGGCGCCCGCGGACGCCUCCGCGUUGAACGCGGACGCGUCCGCGUUGAACGGCACGGGCGCGACGGAGCGGUACGAACCCGCGACGCGCGCGCGCGAGGGCGACGAGGCGGACGAUCGAAGCGCGCGCGUCCGCGCGAUGAGCGACGAGGACGUCGGGGUCCUCGAGUACAAGCUGCAGGACAAGUGGGAAGAACUGCGCGACGCGACGACGGAGUUGACGGACGCGGAGAACCGAAAGGAUUACGAGCGCGCGCUCGAGGUCAAGAGAAGAGUGGACAAGCUCGGCGACGAGGCGAACGACUUGCGCGACGCGCUCAGGGAAGCGACGCGCAAGGCGGCGCGCAAGCGGCGGACAGACGCGGCGGCUGCUCGAAUGGGUGCCAACUUUGGCGGCGACGGAGAAGGCCCGCCGGUCGUGAUCGGCGGCGGACUGAGCGACGCGUCCGAGGUCGCCGCCGCCGCGGAUCGACUCUGGGAACGACGCGCGAACGAGAUCAUGACGCGCGAACGAUUACACGACCCUCAAGACACGUGCUUCGACAUCGUGCGGAUUGGGAUGGCUUUGGCGCGAAAAAGCGGAUCGCCGAAGAUCACGCUUCGGACGUCGUGCGUCCCGGUGCGAGCCGUCGACGCGCUGUUGCACCUCUCGAGCCCGGAGUUUUUCGAGACGUGCAAGAGCAAGGGUCCGCGCGAGUAUCCGCAUCGAACCGCGGAAAAUCCGCCGCCGUUGGAUAUUCUACUCGAGCACGCGAAGCUUCUGAUGGCGAGAACGAACGCGACGACGAUCGCGCGCGCGUUGACGGCGUCCUCGGACACGUCGGAGCAGGCGGCCGCGCACGGGGGCGGGUGGGGCGCGUUUCGACCGUCCAAAGACCCUCUCGAGGGUCCCGGGCUCGCGCAUUCGAACGGUGAGCUCAGUGUACGCGAUUACGAGGAUGCGCUGAAGCUCGCGCUCUUGUAUAAGGUCGAGGAGUUUGGAAGAGAGUCGUUCGUAGAAGGUCGAUACCCGGAGAAUCUCAACAGGUCGUUGGGUAAACACUAUGGCUACGAAGAAGGCGAGGACGGUUACAGGAAAGAAUUUUGCGACCACCUCGGCUUCGGCGGGUACAUAGACCGGAUGCGGGCGUAUUUCCAGGGGGGGAGAAUCACGGGGGCAGUAAUACCGGGGGUGGAAAACGCCACCCGCGAUUGCCUUCCGCCGCGCGUGGAUUACGAGCUCGAACUCGAUGGGCUCUGCGUGAUCCCAGUGGGUCGCAGGUUAUCGGAAGACGACGCCAGGAGAUUCUACGACAUGUCGAACGCCCUUCGAGAUCACCUUUUCGCAGACGAGGAGAGGACGCAAACGCGCGAAUGGGGUAUCACGGCGAUCGAAACUUCAACGAUGACGCCACGGGAAAGAGAACGUUCCGAACGCGAACGUCGUUAUGAACAGGUAUCGACGGUCCGGGAGAUGUGGAGCUACUCGCUGUGCGCGAUGUGUCACGCGCGCGGACCGAACGAGAUUGACCGCAACGUGUUCGUGGACUACGCGGGACUCUUCGACGGCGAAGACGCGCACUGCUUUGAAGAUUUCGAACGCGUCUGGGAAAACGCCGCCGCUCGGACGCACACGCUGUGGCGGCUGUCGUGCCUCGGGUACGACGUGCGCGCGUCCGCCGGCGUCCGCGACGACGCCGACGGCGACCCGUGCGAUCUCCUCGUCGUGGAAGCCGUCGGUUCCGGGGAAGGGGCGCCGAAAAAGGAGUCGUUCCGCGCCUUCGCGCAACGAUCGUUCGCAGCGUUGGGGCUGCCCCCCACGCUCCGGUCGCUCGAGAGGAAGCGCUCAAAGUACGAAUCGUCGUAG